AUGCCGUGUUUUCGGGGGCCUCCUUCUCCUACCAAAUGCCCUCCUACGUCGUGGCCAAAGAUGUUGCAAGAUUUCCUUGUAUCAAAGGGUCUGACAGGGAUAAAUCUCGAUACAACGAGCUUUGUCGCGGCGUGUUCCGAGCUAACUCAUGACCCUGAAAAUGUCGAGGCAUCGCUGUCCGAUGCUGAUAAGAAGAAGAGGAUAGCUCAAAUUGAUGACGAACACCGAAACCGCCGAUAUCUGCUGCGUUUAUUUGAGUCGUUAUUCAAAGAAGACGGUCCACAUGUGUACGUCUCCGAUGUCGUAAUGGAGGAAGUCAGCACAAUUUUCCGCUCUUUCGCCGGGCCGCGCGAACGUGAUCGUGCAACGAUUCUUUUCAGCAGAGUGAAAAAUUCAAAGGAAUCUUUGCGUGAAUACGAUGUCUGCGAUGUGUCGCAUCACCUGCUAGGACAGCGAUCGAAGCACAUGAAACCAAGACAUCAACGGAUUUUCAUGGAUGGUAUUCAACGCAGGCUCCUCACGCUAACAGCGGAUAAAGCCUUUGUAUCCGCCUGUCGUCACCGAGGUUUUGACCUCGUUGUAGAAGGAUGGGUUUUGGAGCACAGCCCCCGAUCUCUGACGGGACUCUAG